AGCGAGUGGAUUGUAGAACGGUUUAAAAUGUGGGCGUGUGACCCGGCGGUGACGUCACCGAUCCUGGAGAGCUACAGCGCAGCAGGGCCGCUAUUCGUCCAAGCUCUACAGGGAUUCUUAGCGGCACAGUGCGCCCUGGCCGGUGAUCACAUGUGGCCUGAUGACGCUACGGAAGCUGUGCUUCAAGAUCCCAAUUAUGACUUCAUCGUGGUGGGGGCAGGGUCGGCUGGUGCCGUUUUGGCGAACCGUCUGACAGAAGUUGCGGACUGGAAGGUUCUGCUCGUGGAGGCGGGCGGAAACCCUUCCUUAGGAACUAUGGUACCACAAGGAUUUUUUAGUAACAUCGGAGGUCCGGACGACUGGGGCUACCGGCCAGUUCCUCAAGAAGGAGCAUGUCGGUCCUACGCCACGAAGAGCUGCGCCUGGCCACGAGGCAAGACCCUCGGCGGCUGCAGCGCCAUCAACGGCAUGUACUACGUCAGAGGCAACAAACUCGACUACGAUGAAUGGGCCGCCGCCGGCAACCACGGCUGGAGCUACGAUGAUGUCCUACCGUACUUUAAGAAAAGUGAAAACUUCACUGGAACCCUAAACGAAGACACAACCCCGUACCACAGUACUGGUGGAUACCUAAGCGUAGAGGACACUAAACCUAUUCAUGACAUUGAAAAAAUAAUUAUCAAAGCUGCUACGGAAAUCGGCAUUGAAGCCCUGUAUGAUAUAAAUGGCAGCAACCAAAUGGGAAUCACCAGAGCUUUCAGCACAACCAAAAAUGGAAUCAGACACAGCACAGCAUCCGCAUUUCUAAGCCCAAUAAAACAACGCAAGAAUUUACAUGUCAUCAAAAAUACGAUGGCAACGAAAAUUUUGUUUAAACCGAACACCCGAGACGUGGAAAGUGUUGUUUUAAAUAAGAAUGGUAAAGAAUUUGUUGUGAAAGCGAAAAAAGAGAUCAUAAUAUCAGCUGGUGCUAUCAAUUCACCCCAGUUGCUAAUAUUGUCAGGAAUAGGGCCUCGAAAACAUUUGGAAGACCUAAAUAUAGAUGUUAAAGUUGAUUUACCUGUAGGGGAAAACUUACAAGAUCACUUGUAUGUCCCUGCCUACUUCACACUGCCCGGUGAUAAAGAUACGCUUGGACUGGUUCAAAUUGCAGGAGCUUUCGCGGAAUAUAUAACGCAUAACACAGGCAUAUUCUCGGACACAAGCCCCCAUAAAGUGAUUUCUUUCUUCAAUACAACGGAUCCUAAAGCGAGCAGCCCAGAUGUAGAAUUUCAUCAGUUAUUUGUGCCUCCGAACUCUUAUAACUUUUUAGACCUUUUUAGUGUACAUGGGAUGAAUGAAGAAUUAAUAAAAAAGUUUCGUAAGUUAAAUGAGAACAAUCAUAUACUUAUAACGGCCUUAGUUUUACUGAGACCAAAGUCUAAAGGACGCAUUAUCCUCAAAAGCACCGACCAUAAUGACCAUCCAUUGAUUUAUGCCAACUACUUGCAAGAGCAAGACGACGUCCUCACAGUCAUUAGGGGUUUCAAGCAAUACGCCUUAAAGUUGGGAGAUACAGAUGCAUUUAAGCAGAUUGGUUUAAAACAACAAUGGAUAGAAAUUGAAGCUUGCAAAAUGUUCGAGACAGAUUCAGACGACUUUCUAGAGUGUGUUGCGAGAGAAACUACAUUUUCCCUUUAUCAUCCCGUUGGAACGGUAAAAAUGGGCCCAGAUGGAGAUAGCAGUGCAGUAGUCGACCCGGAGUUAAAAGUUAGAAAUGUAAAAGGUCUAAGAGUGGUGGAUGCCAGUAUCAUGCCAGAUAUCACGCGAGGAAAUACAAACGCUCCAACGAUCAUGAUUGCCGAGAAAGCAGCUGACAUGUUAAAAGCAUUCUGGUCUAAAGGGCAUACAGAACUAUAAACUAAAAAGAAUAAAUGUGACAUAUGGUGAAGUAUGGUUGGU